AUGGACGAAAGGGAACUGCUCUGUUUCCUUGCAUCGAACCGCCCGCUCCACCAGAAGGUCGAGGCCUCACAGUCAGCCAUGAAGCAAGCUCUGCGUGCUACGGGCUCAGUUGACAGCGAGAUAAGAGAGGGCAGAUCCUUGCUAUCCCCUGGCAACCCUCAGGUAUUCAGGGGCUCCGAUAAAGUGUUAGAUGCGAUCUUUGCCUUUUCCUCCAACGUUCUCAUCCGAUCAUCAAAUCUCCACAAAGAUGCAGGAAAGAGAGCGAACGAUAGUCCGUCCUACCUCAACCCACAAGUUUGGACUGUACUGGAGCAAACUUUGACUACUUCAUCUGUGAAGAUGCGAUCAAGCGUAACUUCAGUGAGCGUACAUCUACUCAAGCCUAUCUCCCUUGUCUUCCAUCAACACUUUCUCAACUUGGAGCGCAAGGUCAAAACUUGUAUAGAAAGCAACAACAUGUCUCCUGAGCAAGAAGAGACUGUAUCGUCGAGCUUCUCAAUCGCCUUGAAUGUUCUCAAUCUCCUCCGGACGGUUCACAAGUUAUCCUUCCAACCCACAACAGCGAUCGUAGGAAACUUUGUUCUUGAUCAUACAGUCAAUCUCAUCAAGGUUGUCAACGACUACGUCGAUUUGAAACGAGAGAUAGCGAUCGGGAAACAUGAGAGCAAAUCAGGAAUGAAAUCUGAUUCACUGGACGCUUCAUUGUUUUCAGCGCUACAAUCUGCGAGUGACGUUAUCUUUUCGAUGAAACCGUUCUUACUGCAAGUCAACAAUCCAAGGAAGAAUUUUCUCCUUGCUGUGGACACCUUUCUUGAUCCUCUCAUUAACCUGUUUCAAAUCUCCCGACAAGCAAAGUUGAGCUGUGAUAAGAAAUUCAACGAUCUGAUCACUGGAAUCUACGAAGACUUUGAAUCCAUGGUGUCAAGCAUGUUGUUUGAUGUCGAUCACUUGUCUGAAUUCGAGCUUGCCUUCUCCUUUCAUCGUGACGAGACCUCGAAACAAGACAAGAACAAUGUCAACGGGCAAGACAAGAAAGGAAAGCAGGGCAAAGGAACUUACAGGGGCAGCAACAUACAGAGUUAUCAUACGUCCCUGUUUGAAAAGCUUCGGACUCUCCUCAAAGGUGAGAAGUCAGAUGGGAAAGAGACGGUCGACAAAGACUUAGUGUUGUGCUUCCUUCCGAGACUGCUUCAUGUUUUCUUGAACACACGUCGGGAGUACGAAGAGCAGGAAGAUCGGAGAAAAGAGCACGACUCUGAUAAGAACGCGAACUUGCUCCAAGAUGACAACGAUGUUCGCAAACGAAAGAAGAUCAAAGUUUCACAUUCGGAGAGUAUGAUGAUGAUGAUGAUGAUGAUGAUGAUGAUGAUGAUGGAGAUGAUGAUGGAGAUGAUGAUGAUGAUGAUGAUGAUGAUGAUGGAGAUGAUGAUGGAGAUGAUGAUGAUGAUGAAGAUGAUGAUGGAGAUGAUGAUGGAGAUGAUGAUGAUGAUGAUGGAGAUGGACAUAGCUCUAGACAUCGACUUCCUACGAGAACUGAUUUAUCUUACGGAGAAUCAUUCUACUUCGCAGACUGUCACCAAAGUUCAGUCAGAGCAGGAGUGCAUGGAAGUCAUAAUGACGUUUCACGUUGUCAACGCCCAUUACCUUCAGUCUCAUGAUGAAGCUCGACAGUUCUUUGCUGGCAGACUUGAUUUCAUGAUGACUAUCGGAAUGCAUUCCUUCAAUGAAGAUGUUAACAUGAGGUCCUGCAAUCUCAGGACUCAGGAGCAGGUUCUCCGCACUUUCCAGCAUUGCCUCUUCAUCGAUCACAAGCUUGUUCUUCCUUCAGCCAAGAAUCUCAUUCGCAUCGCCUCUCGUAUCAUCCACGAGAGCAGAAACGAGCCCAACAACGCAUCCUUGCUAGCAAGCAGCCAAAAUUGCAUCACGUUCCUGGUCAAGUUGUGCAAGACCAUGUGCAGUGUCAGUCAGGAAAAUCUCUUCAUCCUCAACCUCAUUUCUUCUUUUCGUCAGUUCCCUUCACCAAUGGUUGACUACAGGAUCGAUCCUUUGCUGAGAGGUCUGCGCAACGAGUUGAGGUCGCUGCCAUGGGGGCGGCUGCCGCAGAUCUGGCGAGAGCUCCUGUCCAUCAUCGUGCGACUCGCUCAAGAUCGCAUGCGAACUCUAGAUGAAGCCGCUAUCAUUGAGCUCCAGACCUCGUCCUGCUCUCAGAUUGUCUCGCCCCUGCUCUCGUGCUCCUGGAAGGCGCUCAAGUCAAAGGCUCAAAAGGGCUGGGGGAGAUGGGUCAUUGCAGCUCUGCUUCCCCUGCAGGUUGCUUUAAUUGAGCUUCACAAGCAAUCGGUUCAAGCGCAGCAAACCUUUCCUCAGCAUCUCUUCUCCAUCCUUCAAACUGACAAGACGGUCGAUGAACUCUUUGCGAUGAUGCGCGUGGGGGAGGAGCAAGAUGAGAUCUCGUUGGACUCGUCUCCUCCUCAUCUUCACGUCGCGCUUGUCGACGCUGCUUGUGAGGAAGAAGAGAACAUCAUACAAGAUGUGAUGGUGACAACGAAGAAUCUCUUUGAGAUAGACAGCAUGCAUCGUGCAUUCUUGCCAGCGGUUGUAAAAGUUGCGAGGAACAUCUCAAAGGACCUAGAGAAGGCUGUGGAGGGAGACGAGGGCACGUCUCUCAAGUGGAGCAAGAAGACUUUGUCGGCGAUUUACAAGCUGACUACCUCGGAUGACUGUAGCAAAUUCAAAGAAGAAGUCGAUUGUCUGUGGGAAAAGAAACCAGCGAAGGGAGGAGAAGAGAAAUUGAACGUGAAGGUUCAAGAUGCAGCGAAUGUGAGGAAGAUGGUGAUGAAACUUGUGCGAUUCCUCAAGUUCGUUCCUGUGGAGUUCUAUGACAUGCUUGCGAUAUCUCUUCUUCCUCUUCUUCUCUGCGCUCUUGAAGUUUUGUCUGCUUGCAUCCCACACGACGAAGAGGAGGUGCCAGUGCAAGUGUCGAGGAAAGUCUUGAGGUCGUACAUCUCUGACAUGCUCCACAAAGAUCUGUUGAGAAAGAGCAAGACCAACAUGUUGCUGUGUCGCCGUUCCUGUCAGUGGCUGGUUGACGACGAUGCACAUGUUGAAGAAAGAGAUACCAGUGAUAUCCUCUUCUUCCAUGGGCGGAUGUUGGCGAGAAGAUGUAUGACGCAACAGGCCGACGAAGACUCAGAUGUUAUCGAAAAGAUGUUUGGAGACUUGAUCUCUUGGUUGGAGAACGAUUGCUCAAGCUUGUGGACUCAAAGCAAGAAAAGCGACAAGUCCCAAGACACAGACAGCAAGUCACUGAGAGUGAGAAGGACAGUUGCGGUGCUGAAGGGAAUGGUGGCGUGUUUGAGGCGAGUGAAAAGCUGUACCAGCUAUUCACUUGCUCCUCCUGUCAAGCAGCUCACAACAAAGCUGAGUGACAUCCUGUUGAAAGGCCAUGACCGAGCCGGAGGGAAGGAGACAAACUCUCUUGGAAUAUUGCUUGCAAGCAUCAUGAUCAGACUGCUGAACUUGUACAAAUCUCCACAUUGCGCGUCCAAAGACAACCAAGUCGACAUUCUGCUGCAAUCAACACAUCUCAACGAGUUUCUCCUCAAGUGCCUGGGAGACAGCACAAGUGAAAUAGUUACCUGCCAAACUCUCACCCAAGGCUUGCAGGCCUCCUGCGAGUUCGCGCUAUCUUGGUGUAUGUCAUUCCAUCGGCUCUUUGCAGAUCACCACGAGUCGUUCUCUGCCAUGUUGGCGCUUAUCAUUGCGUUUGACAGCAACAAGUUCAAACAAGACAAGAACUCGCUGGCUGCGAUCAUGGACGCGAGUUCGGCCAGCACAGACAAGUGGAGCGAGAAGGCGUUCUUGUCCCUCAUCUCAAACUGCACGCGCAACGAGCUCGGGCUGACAUGUCGUUGUCUGCUCAUGGAGUUUUCUCGAGUGAUGAAGAUGAAAGUCACUGUGGAUGUUCACCAUCAGUUCGUCAAGGUUGUCUCCCUGAGCAGGAGCUUCCUUCAGUCCUUCUCCUCUGAGUCCAAGCGAUGGGGGCUGGUUGCUCCGCUCCUCACACGAUUCAUGUCCAUGGUAAGCACAGAGUACGAGCAGCAGCAGCAGCAGCAGCAGCAGCAGCAGCAGCAGCAGCAGCAGCAGCAGCAGCAGCAGCAGCAGCAGCAGCAGCAGCAGCAGCAGCAGCAGCAGCAGCAGCAGCAGCAGCAGCAGCAGCAGCAGCAGCAGCAGCAGCAGCAGCAGCAGCAGCAGCAGCAGCAGCAGCAGCAGCAGUUCUCGGACAUGUCUUCUCUGCUGACAUCUCUCGACGACAUCCAAGGGUCUUGCCUGGUCUGCUGCGAGCUUGCUGACAGCAUCUGCCUCCUCAUGAUGAAAGCCGACAACUUUCCCCUGGACACCCGCGGGGUUCACUGCGGGAUAGAGGCGGCCAUAUCCAUCCUGCUGAGCAUCGAGAGGAGUGGGGAGAGUGAGGGAGGGCAGCGGAAGAGAGUCAAGCUUGCUCAGCAUCUCUUCCCACUUGUGCAAUGUCAGACGAAGAUGAUGAAUGCUGCUGAGAGUUUGCGAGUGUCGUUCCUGUUGUCAUCCAGUGCUCGUCUGUGCUCCAAGAUCUCUUCACCAAACUUCAUUCCUCCAUCGUUUUCCUUCAGCAUUACGGCGAAGAUUGCGACGUCAAUCAACUGA